AGUCAGUCGAACGAGCGAGAACUUCAAAACGAAUCAGCUCCAUGGUUAAAGGACAUCAAUGUUGUUGAUGUUCCUCUCUCUCUCUCUCUCUCUCUCUGCCGUACUUGCUGUUGAGUCGUUUCUCUUCUCUUCAAUCUCGGCGGUUUGCUUUUUCCCAAACAAAUAACUGCCCUUUUAGCAAUAAUCACAUCUUUUAUACAACUGUCCAAAUUUGCUCCACUUUAUUCAUUCAUUCAUUCAAUUCUACAUUUUUGCCCUGUUUAGCUACAUCUCUCUCUAACACACGCCCCGUAUUCUUAGUAACGCAACCUUUUCUCAUCUGGGUUUUUGAUUACUAGCAUUGGGUUGUAAGUUGCAACAGUGAAUUGGCCCAGUUUUUGUUGAUUUUGGCUUUGUGGGUUUUAUGAUCUGCUGGUAGAAGAAGGUGUGUUUGAGGUUAUGAUGUACAGAAUUGAAUCAAAACAAAGGUGUUUGUGAAUACUAUAUCAGCAAAAGAAAGGACAAAAACAAAGGAGGAAGAAGCUGUUUUGAAUUGGGAUUAGAGUAAAAGAGAAGAUGGAUAUAACGGAGGUGACUUUGAUGCAUCAUGUUGGGAUUGUGCUGCUAUCCCUAUGGUUCUUUUCUUAUUUCAAUUGGUGCCACCCGGUUGCGUACUUUGUCUCCCUCAUAUAUCUCUUUCUGGUUCAUGAGAGGUAUGUUAUGAGAUUGCAAAGGAAAUUACAGUUUGAAGAAAGAAAACAAGCUAAUCAGAGAAGGGUGCUUUCUGAUUCUGAAACAGUGCGGUGGUUGAACCAUGCAGUUGAGAGGAUAUGGCCAAUAUGUAUGGAACAGAUUGCAUCACAAAAGAUUCUCUUGCCCAUCAUACCUUGGUUCUUGGAAAAGUACAAACCAUGGACUGCUAAGAAAGCUGUGGUUCAACACUUGUAUUUGGGAAGAAACCCACCUAUGUUCACAGAAAUGAGGAUUCUUCAUAACUCUUCUGACGAUGAUCACUUGGUUCUUGAGUUGGGGAUGAAUUUUCUCACAGCCGAAGAUAUGAGUGCAAUACUUGCUGUGAAGCUAAGGAAAAGAUUGGGAUUUGGAAUGGUGGCAAAGUUGCAUUUGACAGGCAUGCAUGUUGAAGGGAAGGUCUUGAUUGGGGUGAAAUUCAUUCGUGGGUGGCCUUUCAUCAGCCGCUUGCGGGUGUGCUUUGCUGAGCCUCCAUAUUUUCAAAUGACCAUCAAGCCUCUCUUUAAUCAUGGGCUAGAUGUCACGGAAGUUCCAGGCAUUGCUGGAUGGCUAGAUAAACUUCUAUCCGUUGCUUUUGAGCAGACACUUGUUGAGCCCAAUAUGCUGGUUCUUGACAUGGAGAAGUUUGCUUCACCAGAGCCAGGAACUUGGUUCUCAAUGGAUGGGAAGGAACCCAUUGCCCAUGCUAAAGUAGAAGUUAUUGAAGCAUCCGACAUGAAACCGUCAGAUCUAAAUGGAUUGGCUGAUCCAUAUAUUAAAGGUCAAUUGGGAGGUUACAGAUUCAGGACUCAGAUACAAAGAAAAACUCUGACUCCGAAAUGGCAAGAGGAAUUUAAGAUCCCAAUUGUUACAUGGGAGUCGCCUAAUGUGCUUGUUAUUGAAGUUUGUGACAAGGACCGUUUUGUCGAUGACACCCUCGGGGACUGUUCUGUGAACAUCAGUGAUCUUAGGGAUGGCCAGAGACACGAUUUGUGGUUAACUCUUCAGAAUAUUAAAAUAGGGAGGUUGCAUCUUGCAAUAACUGUACUUGAAGACAGAAAAAAGGACAGUCAAAAGGUAGAUGAUCAGCCCUGUGAUAAGGAAACAUUGGACAUUGAAGAUAAAAGAAACUCCUUUGGGAGUGAGACUCCUAUUGAAGAUUCAUUCUCAACUGUAACAUCAGAUAAGUUUCCUAGAAUGGCUGAUACUUUUGAGCCCAUUGAUAUUGAAGGGCAAAAAGAGACGGGGAUAUGGGUCCAUCACCCAGGAAGUGAUGUUGCACAGACAUGGGAGCCUAGAAAAGGAAAGAAUAGGCGUAUUGAUACUGAAAUUCGCAGUGAGCCUAAUGGUUCUGUGAACAACUCUAAUGCAGUGGCAUCUGGGUCCCUUAACAAUGACUCCAGCAGCACUGAUGAAAAUUGUGAUGAUAAGCAUCGAAUGAAAUCAGUUCGGAGAGGCCUAAGGAAGAUUGGCUCAGUAUUUCACCGGAGUCCCAGAACAGGGGAUCAAUUAGGCAGCUUUGUGGAGCCCAUUCCUUCCCUACAUGCUAAUAUUAGGGCAGUCAAUGAGACUGGUGUGAAGAUUGUUGUGGAUAACAACCUUUGUGGACCUACCUCUGAUGAGAAUCCUAAAGGAGGGAAUGUAAGUUCUGACGGGAGUAAUCCAGAAAGCCCAAGCAAAGUAAAUAUGAAAGAUAAGGUGAAGAAUUUUCUAAAACAUGGUGCUGGGAAAUCUGCUCGUGACAUAAAGCAUGCAAUUUCCCGGAAAGUGUCAAGAUCUCGAUCUGAUAAAUCGGUAGUGACAGAGAGAGAAAGUAUAGCAGAGGGUGGCUCUUCUGAAGAUGAAUCCAGUUGUUCCCCAGAAGUUGAAAGGAAACCAGGUAUGCCUGAGGUCAUAAACUCUGGCUGUGGUAAUGAUUCAUUGAAUUCCAAUGAACGCGUGCUUCAGACAGCUUCAAUUGAUAAUCAAGUGGACACUGAAGGACAAAUAGAAAAAGUUAGUCUUGAAGACUUGGAAAGGAAAGAUGAGAAGCUGGGAAGCCCUGACAAACGUGGUGAAGCAGCGGAAGAGUCCUUCAAACCAGAGCUUGCUGAAGUACAUUUGGAAGGAGACAAAAGAUAGCAUUUUGAGCACCUUGUGAUCUUAUUUUGGCGGUGGGUUGGUGUACAGUUCAAAGUUGAGUUUUACUGCUGUAAAGCUACAGUGUAUUCCUUUUAAAAUAAAAAUAAAAAAUUAAAGUAAGUGCCCCACAUACUUUUGUGUAUCAGACGCCCAAUUAGCAAAGCAGAAUGGGGGGCACCACGAGGCCCCGAAUCCAAGCUAAAACAUGAGUUGUAGGUCACAACAAGCAGAAACUUUGAUAGCAGGUUUGGUGAAUUUGUUGCAAUUUUAUAGGUAUUCUGUAUUUGGCUAUAUAGAAAGCUGGAGGAAGAAUUUUGAAAUUAGCAAUGUAAAUACUGUUGAGAAAGUCUGUUUAGUGUGUCAAAACAUUCAAUUCUGUGAA